AAAAAUCUGUGUCCAUAAGCCGCGGCCAUUAUAUUAUUGUCUGACUGACUUAUUGAAUGAUUCCACGUCUGACAAGUGACAAAUGACGCUGCAGAGAAGCGGAAGGUGAAGGUCUUGGACUGUAUUUAAGAGGGGGAGUUUAUAGAGGAAACAAGGAUCUGUACAAGGACACGAUGGAGAAUCACCAGCCCCUCACAUCACUGGAUGGACCCAGUAACAGAAAUACCCCAGAGAGAUGUCACCGUCUUCUGUAUUCCCAGGACUAUGCAGAGGAGAAUCAAAGUGUCCCACAGGAUGAUCAGGGUGAAGCUCUAACUAAUAUUAAAGUAGAAGAUACAGAGGGAGAAGAAGAGAUGUAUGUGACUGAUAUGAAGGCAGAAGAUACAGAGGGAGAAAAAGAGACGUAUGUGACUGAUAUGAAGGCAGAAUAUAUAGAGGAAGAAGAGACAUAUGUGACUGAUAUGAAUGCAGAAGAUACAGAGGGAGAAAAAGAGACGUAUGUGACUGAUAUGAAGGCAGAAGAUAUAGAGGGAGAAGAAGAGACGUAUGUGACUGAUAUGAAGGCAGAAGAUACAGAGGGAGAAAAAGAGACAUAUGUGACUGAUAUGAAGGCAGAAGAUAUAGAGGGAGAAGAAGAGAUGUAUGUGACUGAUAUGAAGGUAGAAGAUACAGAGGGAGAAGAAGAGACGUAUGUGACUGAUAUGAAGACAGAAGCUAUAGAGGGAGAAAAAGAGACGUAUGUGACUGAUAUGAUGGCAGAAGAAGAUACAUAUGUGACUGAUAUGAAGGCAGAAGAUACAGAGGGAGAAAAAGAAACGUAUGUGAGGGGUGAUCAGCUGUGUAAGGAGGAGGAAAUCCCUACAGAUACCAGCACAGAUGGAUGCAACAGAAGAAAUGUAUGGACGGAACGUCUCCCUUUAUCUCCAGACUGUAACAUAGAAGAUAACAUCACAAGAGAUUCUCCAGUAGAAAACCCUAUUACAUCAAUUAUGCAUCCAGGUCUUUGCAGUACAGAUUUGUCAUCUGAUCCCACUUAUCAUGAGGAAUGCUCUAAUAGAGUAGAUACCAAAUGCUUUACACAGGACACAAUGCUUAUUACCCAACAGCUAACUAAGCCAUUUCCAUGUCCUGAGUGUGGGAAAUGUUUUACACGCAAAUCAGAUCUUGUUUUACAUCAGAGAAUUCACACAGGUGAGAAGCCAUUUCCAUGUUCUGAAUGUGAGAAAUAUUUUGUAUAUAAUUCAGAUCUUGUUACACAUCAGAGAAGUCAUACAUGUGUUAAGCCAUUUCCAUGUUCUGAGUGUGGGAAAUGUUUUACACGGAAAAUGAAUCUUGUUAUACAUGAGAGAAGUCACACAGGUGAGAAGCCAUUUCCAUGUUCUGAGUGUGGAAAAUGUUUUGCAAGGAAAUCAGAUCUUGCUAUACAUGAGAGAAGUCACACAGGUGAGGAGCCAUUUCCAUGUUCUGAGUGUGGGAAAUGUUUUACACGGAAAAUGAAUCUUGUUAUACAUGAGAGAAGUCACACAGGUGAGAAGCCAUUUCCAUGUUCUGAGUGUGGGAAAUGUUUUGCAAGGAAAUCAGAUCUUGCUAUACAUGAGAGAAGUCACACAGGUGAGGAGCCAUUUCCAUGUUCUGAGUGUGGGAAAUGUUUUACACGGAAAAUGAAUCUUGUUAUACAUGAGAGAAGUCACACAGGUGAGAAGCCAUUUCCAUGUUCUGAGUGUGGGAAAUGUUUUACACGGAAAAUGAAUCUUGUUAUACAUGAGAGAAGUCACACAGGUGAGAAACCCAUUCCGUGUUCUGAGUGUGGGAAAUGUUUUACUCGGAAAUCAGCUCUUUACAAACAUCAGAGAAUUCACACAGGUGAGAAGCCGUUUCCAUGCUAUGAAUGUGGGAAAUGUUUUACAGCGAAAUCCUCUCUUGUUAAACAUGAGAGACGUCACACAGGUGAGAGACCGUUUCCAUGUUCUAAGUGUGACAAAUGUUUUGCAUAUGAUUCAGAGCUUGUUAUACAUGAGAGAAGUCACACAGGUGAAAAGACGUUUCCAUGUUCUGAGUGUGGGAAAUGUUUUACACAGAAAUCAGGUCUUGUUGUACAUCAGAGAAGUCACACAGGUGUGAAGCCAUAUCCAUGUUAUGAGUGUGGGAAAUGUUUUAAACGGAGAUCAGAGCUUGUUGUACAUGAGAGAAGUCACACUGGUGAGAAGCCAUUUCCAUGUUCUGAGUGUGGGAAAUGUUUUGCAAGGAAAGACGAUCUUGUUAUACAUAAAAGAAGUCACACAGAUGAGAAGCCAUUUCAAUGUUCUGAAUGUAAGAAAUGUUUUACACGGAAAAUGACUCUUGUUAUACAUGAGAGAAGUCACACAGGUGAGAAACCCAUUCCAUGUUCUGAGUGUGGGAAAUGUUUCACUCGAAAAUCAGCUCUUUAUAAACAUCAGAGAAUUCACACAGGUGUGAAGCCAUUUCCAUGUUCUGAGUGUGGGAAAUGUUUUACACAGAAAUGUAGUCUUGUUGCACAUCAGAGAAGUCACACAGGUGAGAGGCCGUUUACAUGUUCUGUGUGUGGGAAAUGUUAUAGAGUCAAAUCAUCUCUUGUUGUACAUGAGAGACUUCACACAGUUAAGAAACCAUUUCAAUGUUAUGAUUUAGGGUAGUGAUAGAAAUCAGACCAUGUUAAAUGAAUAAACUAAUCAUACACAUUUAAGCAGGUGAAACUUGCAUGUUUGCAGGGAGAAAGUAUUGAAAGAAUACAUUUAUUAACAACUUAUUAAGCUUAGUAUUCAUUGACUUCUCACAUUUCUUUGACGUCCUAGUGGAUG